AUGACGAGCCAACUACUCCUGCGUAACCCCUACACCUAUCUAUCCAACAUUCCAACUCCAACUCCAGUGACACCAUCCCCAACUCCAGUGACACCAAGUCCAGUAACACCAUCUCCAACUCCGGUUACUCCAAGUCCAGUAACACCAUCUCCAACUCCAGUAACUCCUACACCACCCACCGUGCCAACUCCAAGUCCCGUAACCCCUACACCUACCGUGCCAGCUCCAACCCCCGUAACCCCUACACCACCUACAGUGCCAACUCCAAGUCCUGUAUCCCCUACACCACCUACCGUGCCAACUCCAACCCCUGUAACUCCUACACCAUCUACCCCUACAUAUCCACCUGGUUCUGGCGUUUCACCAAAAAAGAGAUCUAGGUGUAGAAACUCCAAAUACCCUAAAUGCUACAAUGUUGAGCAUGCUUGCCCUGCUGCUUGCCCAACUGGAUCAUGUAGUUGUGAUCAACCAGGAGCUGUUUGUCAGGACCCGCGCUUUGUAGGUGGUGAUGGCAUUACCUUCUACUUCCAUGGGAAACAAAACCGUGAUUUUUGCCUUCUCUCAGAUUCUAAUCUCCACAUAAACGGUCAUUUCAUUGGUAAAAGAAACCAAAACAUGAACAGAGACUUCACCUGGGUCCAAGCUAUUGGUGUCCUCUUCAACGACCACCAAAUAUAUGUUGGCGCACAAAAGACAGCUACUUGGGACGAUUCGGUCGACCGCGUUGCACUUUCUUUUGAUGGACAACCCAUAUAUUUGCCUGAAUUAGAAGGUGCAAAGUGGCAAUCUGAAGUUGAUUCAAGUAUCAGCAUAACGAGGUCCGGCGUAACUAACAGAAUCAUUAUUGAAGUUGAAGGAAACUUCAUGAUAACUGCUAAUGUAGUGCCCAUCACUGAAGAAGAAUCUAGGAUUCACAACUACGCUAUAAUAAGAGAAGAUUGCUUUGCUCAUCUUGAUUUAGCUUUCAAAUUUUACUCAUUGAGUGAAGAUGUGAAUGGUGUCUUGGGACAAACUUAUGCAAAGAACUAUGUGAGUAGAGUGAAGAUGGGUGCGUCUAUGCCUGUCAUGGGCGGAGAUAAUAAAUUUAUCACUUCAAAUCUCUUUGCAAAAGAUUGCGCUGUAGCUAGAUUCGUAGGCAGCGAGUCUAAUGACGGUGUGACUUCUUCGGAGUACGGCAGCCUAAAUUGCAGUAGUGGAAUCGACGGAACUGGAGUGGUCUGCAAAAGAUAGAGAGAUCAAACUAUAUCCUGAAGUCCUAACUGCAUGCCUACAGUUUCCAGAAUGUUUGAAUAAGAGACGCG